AUGCCACGCUUUGAUGUGGUAGUGGAGGCGAUCGACAGAAGCGGCAAUAAGGAUUCUGCUAGGGUCGUCAUCACUUUAGAAGACGUCAACGACAACGCGCCUGUGUUUCCUACGCCAUCGUUCGUGUGGAAUAUCACCGAAGGUCCUUCAAACUCUUCACUUGAUGUCACCGCUACGGACAGUGACGCUGGUGUAAACGGGGAUCUUGAAUAUCGAAUUGUUGGAGGAAAUUUUGGUGGUCAUUUCACCAUUGAAAAGACGCCAUCCAAUCAUGCGAUUCUCAAAACACUCUUACCUUUGGAUUAUGAGCUCCGUAGAAGUUUCCAACUCCUGAUUGAAGCCAAAGAUCACGGUGUUCCUCCACACACAGCAACUGCUACAGUCACUGUGAAUGUGAUCAACAUAAACGACAGCCCACCAAUCUUCCAACGGGUGAACUACGAACAAGAGAUAUCUGCUGAUCUGCCGAUUGGUUAUCCGAUCCUCACGAUGAGCGCCAAUGAUGCCGAUCACGACCGACUGUCAUACUCGCUUAGUGGCGAUCCGGAUUGCUCAUCAUUGGCUGUCGACCCUCUGGGCAUUGUGUCAUUCACGACACCCGUUUCAAAGCGGAAACCUGGCUUGCUCACUUGUAUCGUCUCCGUCACCGAUGGGGUCUUCACGGCGAACGCGACACUUCGACUCAACAUCUUCAGCAAUGGUCAGCCCACGAAAGAAACGCCGGCUGAGAACCACGCUCCUCGUUUUGCAAAAGAGGUCUAUACAAUUUUGGUGACCCCAUCUCAAAGAAACCCUUUGCUGAAGAAGAUCACUGCCACGGAUCCGGAUGGAGAUGUGCUGACAUAUUCGAUCGAACCGCCAGAGUUCAGAAAUCUUUUUGCCAUCGAUUCAGAGGGUCAGCUCUCCGUACGGGUGCCGAUUUCCGAAUUGAAGCAGUCGCUCUACAGUUUUUUGAUAGUGGCCGAAGAUCAUGGAAAGCCUAUUCUGUCAACCUUCACUAAUAUUAGAGUGAGAGUACAAGAAAGCGAUGUCACCGUCGUCACCUCCAACUCAGUAGAAGGAACUGCCUCGACAGCAUUGGUCCAGACAACUUCUCGUGUGCCAUCGACAGUUGGAGGAUCUUCUCCAGAGACUGAGAACUCAUUAGAGUCAACUAGCGCUUUGGAAACGCGUCCCACCUUCGCUUCGGAAACAACCGCCGAGGUCGAGCUCAGCUCUUUAUCAACUACAACGCCAUUCAAAGAAGUGCAUUUCACUCGACCCAGAUACAUCUAUGCGAUUCGGAGUGAUGCCCGAGUGGGCACAUACCUGGGACGAGUGGGAGUUGAUGACAGAGAAGGUGUGCAACUCGUUUUCAAGACGACUAAGCUCUUCUACAUCGACAGUGAGGGUUCGGUCCGCACCGCUGUCAUCUUCGAUGGCCCCAUCAAAGUCGAGGACAAAAUUCUAGCAGUGAGACACGGAGCGACGGUGGCUGAGGUUGAUUUCGUUGUCCACGUAAUUGCUCCGGAUUCCAUCAGCGUUUCGCCAACUGUUUCCUCUUCACCUUCCACUCAGAUUGUGACUAGCUGGCCCUCCACUCAGGUUGCGACUAGCUGGCCCUCCACUCAGGUUGCAACUAGCUGGCCCUCCACUCAGGUUGCAACUAGCUGGCCCUCCACUCAGGUUGCAACUAGCUGGCCCUCCACUCAGGUUGCAACUAGCUGGCCCUCCACUCAGGUUGCAACUAGCUGGCCCUCCACUCAGGUUGCAACUAGCUGGCCCUCCACUCAGGUUGCAACUAGCUGGCCCUCCACUCAGUUUGUAACUAGCGGGAGCGAGAGCACGUUAAUCACGAGAACUCCGUUCACUACUGGUAGCACUGGACUGACUACUGGAAUGUGGACCAGACCGUCAAGCGCUAUUCCCACCACCUUUGGAAGUAGCUCACAAACAACCUCUCAAAGUAUUACCGGAACAUUUGAGAGCACUCUGACGGUGGGAACUCAGAGCGCUACCACUAUCAGCGAAAUCACUUCGGGAACUCAGCUGUUCACAAGCGCAAGCCCAGCCUCAGUCACGGUGACUCCUGCUACCACUCGUCAAUAUACGGUCACGACUGAUCUGGUUCUACCAACUCAACCUCCCGUCAACAAUGCAACCUUUUCGUUUUCGAGAGCUAUGUAUUUUGCUUUUGUUCCCGAAGGUCAGUACUCCAACGGAAUCCGCUUGUCGGUGAAACCAGAACCGUUCUCGGUAAAUCGAAACACUACGGUACGGUAUGAGAUUGGUGAGGGUGCAGGACCCAUACCGUUCUUCGUCACCAACGACGGACAGCUUAUCAUUUUCGACGUGGAUAGAGAAACGCGAGCAUCCUACAUGUUCCCCGUAAAGGCUACCAGCUUCGAAUACGGUGUCGCUACUGCAACGGUGAACGUAACGAUUCUGGACGUCAACGACAACUAUCCAGUAUUUGACGCAACCCCGUCGACUAUUGGCGUGUACAGUGAUGUUGCUGUUGGAACACCUUUGUUGCAUCUCAUCGCUCAUGAUAGUGACGCUGACAACUAUGGCGUAGUUGUUUACGGUAUUGAAGAGUCUGAUACCCCAUUCGAGGUUGACCCGAGUGAUGGAACUCUGAUCGUCGCUCAGCCGUUGACAUCAAAUCUGGUGACUGAGUUUCCGAUUACGGUUUUUGCUCGUGACAAUGGAAGGCCCUCGUUGAGAACCACCCACAAGCUCACCAUCCAUGUGUUUGAUCCAUCUGCCGAGCAACCAAUCUUCCCCAACGAGUUACCCGAGAAGGUGAAGUGGCCACGAAUCCUAGCAGGACCAACAGUCAAUACAAAACCCACCCAAGAUAAGAUACUUUACGGGCUGGUUGAUAACCAUGGUGGCUUGUUUGAAAUCGAAGACGGUGGUCGCUUGGUUAUGGGCCGUCUUCCAACAGAAGCUGAAACAAAUCGCUACGUUCAGCUGAAUAUUACUGCGGAAAACAGCCACGGCAAGGCUUGGGUAUUGUUGAAUGUAUUUAUCGAAGGCCAAUCCACUACUUCAAGCGGUGGCAGUGCUACCACGCCAUCGUUGCCUACGUCAGGAUCAGGAUGCUAUUUUCCCACAAAAGUCUACAACGCGGAAAUCAUGGAGAAUCGGAAAGGACGUACCCGUAUUGCCAAGGUGACGUCAUCUUGUGAAAGGGGUGGCCGUCCCUACGUGUACACCAUGUCGCCUCCUUCCGAUGAUUUCGAGCUGAACUCGUCAACCGGUGAAAUCUACGCCAUACGUCCUCUAGAUCGCGAAAAGCGCAGUUUUCACUUCCUUUAUAUAAGCGUCUCCGGCGGCAAUAGUACAAGUAGAAGGCGCGUCGCUCGUCAAAAUCCAAUUGUCGAACAGGCGAAGGCGAAGCUCACAGAAUUCCAAACAUUGGUCGUUGUACGAGUACUUGACGAGAAUGACAAUGCGCCACGGUUUGUGCACUUGAAUGAAAACGAGUCGCUGACGGCUGUCGUGGACUGGCAGGCUCGUCUCUUCAGCCCCGUGCUUAAACUCGAGUACUUCCUCGUCAACUCCACCAGUGGUCUCGUAAUCCUUGCUAAGACUCUAGCUGACUACUCUCUGGAAGCGAUCUGGAAUUCAGCGCCACUGUCACCGAUGGUGUUCACAGAGCUCGAGCUCCAGUCAAAGUAA